CACUUCCUUCCCGUCAGCUGAAAAAUCUCGCCGCCGUUAAAGAAGAAAGGAGAAGAAGAUGGGAGUAUUCACAUUCGUUUGCAAAAGCAAAGGCGGAGAAUGGACCGCUAAGCAGCACGAGGGAGACCUCGAAGCCUCCGCUUCUUCCACCUACGAUCUCCAGCGCAAGCUCGUUCAGACUGCUCUCUCCGCCGAUUCCUCCGGUGGCGUUCAGUCUUCCUUCUCCCUCGUCUCCCCUGCCUCCGCCGUCUUUCAGGUGAUCAUCGGCGGUGGAUCUGGAGGAGGAUUUGCUGCCGGAGGUGGUGCAGCAGCUGGAGGAGGCGGUGGUGGAGGUGAAUCCGCUGCGGCCGCAAAGGAGGAAGAGAAGAAGAAGGAAGAAUCUGAAGAGGAGGAAGGCGACUUUGGAUUUGAUCUCUUUGGUUAAGUCAAGUGACAAAACAUAAAACUCUUUCCAAGGUGGUGUUUAGUUUCUGUGGUUGUUGAUCUCAGAUUCUUUAUUUUGGUUUUUCUUUUCGAAACGGUUUUGAGAUUGAGCUCUAUGAUUUUGCAAUGUCAGAAAUAUAUGUUUGGUUUCUGGUUAUUAUGAAACUUAUUUAGUCUAAUU